UGGUCAGCAUAACAACUUUAACUCGCCGUUUAUCAUUCAGUAUCGUUUCAAGUGUACAGCCGAGCGCGCGCGCGACAACAACAUGAUAUUUAUAGCGCUUUCCGUGAUCGCGCUAGUUACAUUCUACCUUUAUUUUACCUGGACAUUCGAUUACUGGCAGAAAAGAGGCAUCAAACAUGACAAGCCAAUCCUUCUCGCCGGAAAUAACUUACGCAAUUACAUUAUGCAGAAGAGUGUCACAGAACUUGCAACAGAAAUGUACUUCAAGUACCCUAACGAAAAAGUGGUAGGGUUCUUUCGCACCAGGCGACCGGAACUCAUCAUCAGAGACCGAGAUAUCAUCAAGAGGAUACUCACGACGGACUUUUACCACUUCUAUCCCCGAGGACUGUACCCACAUAAGGAAGUGAUCGAACCUCUAAUGAGGAAUUUGUUCUUCGCUGAUGGCGAUAUAUGGAAGUUGUUACGGCAGCGUAUGACGCCUGCUUUUACAACUGGCAAAUUGAAGGCUAUGUUCCCUCUGAUCUGCGACCGUGCUGAACGACUAAAAGGUAUGCUGGCAUCUGCCACAGCUGAGAAACCGACAACCCUCGAUGCUCGGGAUGUUAUGGCGAGGUACACCACUGAUUUCAUUGGCUCUGUUGGAUUUGGCCUUGAUGCUAAUUCCCUAAAUGAAGAAGAUUCCGAGUUUCGAAAACUGGGUAAAGAUAUUUUCCGAAUAACUCUUCCAGUGUUCAUUAUUGCAGUAUUAAAGGAAAUCUUCCCCGAGUUAUGCAAGCGAUUGAGGUACACAAUUUUAGUCGAAAAGAACAUGAUCACUCUGGUAAAACAAAUCUUGAAGCAGAGGAACUACGAGCCAUCAGGCCGGAACGAUUUCAUAGAUUUGUUGCUCGAGUGCCGAAAGAAGGGUGCGAUGGAAGGCGAGUCCAUUGAGAAAAGAAAGGCAGACGGGACGCCUGAAAUAGUGAAAGUAGAAUUGGACGAUGAACUGUUUGCAGCUCAAAUGUAUGUGUUCUUCGCUGCGGGCUUCGAAACAUCAUCGUCGGCUACCAGCUUCACAUUGCAUCAGUUGGCAUAUCACCCAGAGGUCCAAAAGAAAGUGCAGGAUGACAUUGACCGAGUCCUGGCUAAAUAUGACAACAAACUUUGCUACGACGCAAUAAAGGAUAUGACAUAUUUGGACUGGGCCUUCAAAGAAGGCAUGAGAAUGUUUCCAUCGCUUGGUUUCUUGAUCCGCGAGUGUGCUAGGACGUAUACUAUUCCGGAGUUGGAUGUGACUAUAGACCCUGGAGUAGGAAUAUUUAUUCCAUUGCAAGCUCUUCAUAACGAUCCACAAUACUUCGCAAACCCGGAGGAGUUCCGACCAGAGAGAUUCCAUCCCGAUGAGUUCGACAAGGAGCUUAGCAAGUCCGUCUAUUUGCCUUUUGGUGAAGGACCACGAGCAUGCAUUGGUAGGAAUUUGUUCUUCGCUGAUGGCGAUAUAUGGAAGUUGUUAAGGCAGCGUAUGACGCCUGCUUUCACAACUGGCAAAUUGAAGGCUAUGUUCCCUCUGAUCUGCGACCGUGCUGAACGACUCAAAGGUAUGCUGGCAUCUGCCACAGCUGAGAAACCGACAACCCUCGAUGCUCGGGAUGUCAUGGCGAGGUACACCACUGAUUUCAUUGGCUCUGUUGGAUUUGGCCUUGAUGCUAAUUCCCUAAAUGAAGAGGACUCCGAGUUUCGAAAGCUGGGUAAAGAUAUUUUCCGAGUAAACCUCCCCGUAUUCAUCAUCGGAGUGAUAAAGGAAAUCUUCCCCGAGUUAUGCAAGCAUUUGAAGUACACAAUUUUAGUCGAAAAGAAUAUGAUUACUUUGGUAAAACAAAUCCUCAAGCAGAGGAACUACGAGCCGUCAGGCCGGAACGAUUUCAUAGAUUUACUGCUUGAGUGCCGAAAGAAAGGAGCGAUGGUGGGCGAGUCCAUUGAGAAAAGAAAGGCAGACGGGACGCCUGAAAUAAUAAAUAUAGAAUUGGAUGAUGAACUGUUUGCAGCUCAAAUGUUUGUGUUCUUCGCCGCGGGAUUCGAGACGUCUUCAUCGGCUACCAGCUUCACAUUGCAUCAGUUGGCAUAUCACCAAGAGGUCCAAAAGAAAGUACAGGAUGAAAUUGACCGAGUCCUGGCUAAAUAUGACAACAAACUUUGCUACAACGCAAUAAAGGAUAUGACAUAUUUGGACUGGGCCUUCAAAGAAGGCAUGAGAAUGUUUCCAUCUCUCGGUUACUUGAUCCGCGAGUGUGCUAGGACAUAUACUAUUCCAGAGUUGGACGUGACUAUAGAUCCUGGAGUAGGAAUAUUUAUCCCGUUGCAAGCUCUUCACAAUGAUCCACAAUAUUUCGCAAAUCCGGAGGAGUUUCGACCACAGAGAUUCCAUCCCGAUGAGUUCGACAAAGAGCUUAGCAAGUCCGUCUAUUUGCCUUUUGGAGAAGGACCACGUGCCUGUAUUGGUGAGCGUCUAGGCCACAUGCAGUCCUUGGCUGGAUUAGCAGCAGUUCUGUCUAAGUACUCCGUGGAACCAGCUCCAGAGACUCUCAGACACCCUAAGAUAGACCCGAAAUCCAGCAUAGUACAGAGCAUCAGCGGAGGCCUACCUCUCAUAUUCCGAGAGAGAAAUAAGACUUUGGCCGCGGCGUUCCACGCGCUGUUGGCCGACGGAGUAUCCACAUUGAACACGUGGUACUGGUGAUACUGUCUGCAUCGCUGCCGGUGUUUGGCCGACAGGAGAGAGGUCCGCGACCUCGAGCACACGCUACGAGGAGAAACACGCUUUGAUG